AGGGUGCUGCCAAGCACACUGAGUGCAACUAAGAGUUAAGAUAAUAAUACGAACUAACAUGAAAGGCAAUAAUACACUUUUGUUGCAUUUAUUCUACACUCUCUUGCUGUUUCUUGGAGUGUCAGCAGGAAAUGGAAAUAACGAUGACACUAACCGUAAAGAAGUUUAUAUCGUCUAUAUGGGAGCCGCGGAUUCAACAAAUGUUUCUCUUCGCAAUGACCACGCUCAGGUUCUCAAUUUAGUUCUAAGAAGGAAUGAGAAUGCCCUAGUACGGAACUACAAGCAUGGUUUCUCAGGAUUCGCAGCUCGUCUAUCAAAGGAGGAGGCAGCCUCAAUUGCUCACAAACCUGGUGUGGUGUCUGUUUUCCCUGACCCCAUUCUGAAUCUCCACACAACACGUUCCUGGGAAUUCCUUAAAUACCAAACCCACGUCAAAAUCGACACCAAACCAAAUGCUGUCUCCAAUUCUUCUUCCUCGUCAGACAUCAUUCUUGGCGUCUUAGACACAGGUAUAUGGCCAGAGGCGGCGAGUUUUAGCGACGAGGGUAUGGGUCCUGUUCCAUCUCGUUGGAAGGGCACCUGCAUGAAAUCACAAGACUUCAAUUCCUCCAAUUGUAACAGGAAAUUAAUUGGCGCAAGAUUUUACACCGACCCUACUGGAAACGAUGACGACGAAGGGGACAACACGCCAAGGGAUUCGGUGGGGCACGGGACCCACGUGGCAUCGACGGCGGUGGGUGCCACCGUGACUAAUGCAUCGUACUAUGGUCUGGCGGCGGGGAGCGCAACGGGUGGGUCCUCAGAAUCAAGAUUGGCAGUUUACAGAGUGUGUUCUAACUUUGGGUGUCGUGGGUCGGCCAUUCUUGGGGCGUUUGACGAUGCCAUUUCGGAUGGAGUGGAUGUGUUGUCGCUGUCGCUGGGUGCAUCUCCUGGGUUCCAACCCGAUUUGACCACUGAUCCAAUUGCCCUCGGAGCAUUCCACGCUGUGGAGCGAGGCAUCCUGGUGGUCUGCUCUGCCGGCAAUUCCGGACCCAGCUCCUCCACGGUUGUCAACGACGCACCUUGGAUUUUAACUGUUGCAGCUUCCACUAUCGAUCGGGAUUUUCAGUCCGACGUCGUCUUGGGUGUCGACAAAACCGUCAAGGGCAGAGCCAUAAAUUUCUCCCCUCUUUCAAAUUCCGCCGAGUAUCCAAUGAUAUACGGUGAAUCUGCUAAGGCGGCCAGUACCAGCUUAGCUGAAGCAAGACAAUGCCACCCAGAUUCUUUAGAUGCAAAUAAAGUCAAAGGAAAGAUUGUGGUCUGUGAUGGAAAAAAUGAUGGAUAUUCAACUAGUGAAAAAAUUGGUACGGUGAAAGAGGCAGGAGGAAUAGGUCUGGUUCAUAUUACUGACCAAAAUGGAGCAAUAGCAUCAUAUUAUGGAGAUUUCCCAGCAACCGUGAUAAGCUCAAAAGAUGGCGUCACAAUCCUCCAGUAUAUCAAUUCAACCAGCAAUCCAGUGGCAACAAUUCUACCAACAGCUACAGUUCUUGAUUAUAAGCCAGCGCCCGUGGUGCCAAACUUUUCAUCAAGAGGGCCUUCAUCGCUUUCAAGCAAUAUUCUCAAGCCUGAUAUUGCAGCACCAGGAGUGAACAUUCUCGCUGCAUGGAUUGGAAAUAACGCAGAUGAUGUUCCAAAAGGAAGAAAACCCUCACUAUACAACAUAAUCUCAGGGACUUCCAUGGCUUGCCCACAUGUUUCAGGGCUUGCAAGCAGUGUCAAAACACGAAACCCCACUUGGAGUGCCUCUGCAAUCAAAUCUGCCAUCAUGACUUCAGCAAUUCAAAUUAACAACUUGAAGGCUCCCAUAACAACGGAUUCGGGAAGGGUAGCCACACCUUAUGACUAUGGAGCAGGGGAAAUGACAACGUCUGAAUCAUUGCAACCAGGCCUAGUUUACGAAACCAACACCAUUGACUACUUGAACUACUUGUGUUACAUUGGACUUAACAUAACCACGGUUAAAGUCAUCUCCAGAACUGUCCCUGCUAAUUUCAGUUGCCCUAAGGAUUCAAGUUCUGAUCUCAUCUCCAACAUCAACUACCCUUCCAUAGCAGUAAACUUCACCGGCAAAGCAGCCGUGAACGUGAGUAGAACUGUCACAAACGUUGGUGAAGAAGAUGAAACAGCGUACUCUCCCGUUGUGGAAGCUCCCAGUGGAGUAAAAGUCACAGUGACUCCAGAUAAACUUCAGUUUACAAAGAGUAGUAAAAAACUUGGCUACCAAGUUAUUUUUUCCUCAACUUUGACCUCUUUGAAGGAAGAUCUGUUUGGAUCUAUUACUUGGAGUAACGGCAAAUAUAUGGUUCGAAGUCCAUUUGUAUUAACUAAAUAGUGAAAUUAAAAGCAGUGAUGAAUAAAUGCAAGUUAAGUUCUUCAUGGUGCUUA